UCCAACUAUUAAACCAGAGAAACAAAGCAGCCUAAGGAGAUGCGGUUGUGUCCGGACAACCCGUCCUGAUAAAGCCAUCAGCCAUACUGACAGGCGGUGGAAUCUCUAUCUUUCGCCACUAAACGUACAAAAAAGGAGUCGCAAAGAAAGCAAAACGGACAAAAAGCAAAAUGCUCAUCUGAAAACAAAACGUUUAAAUGGAGAAUCCUGAUUCUUGAGAAGUAAAUGGCUGUGGCCCUUUCGCAGUAGUUCUCUUCCAGUUCAGGAUCACGCUAAUUUUGCCCUUCUUUUAUUCUUGUUCUUGUUCUUGUCUCUUUAGUUUCUGCUAUUUAACUACUCACUCAUCUUCAACAGUUUAAGCACAGAAAACCAAUCUCUGGUUUGUUCUCUCGUUUACUCUCCAUUUGGGUACUGCUCUUUAUACUUCUCCUCUUCGGUGUUUACUGUUUCUUUAUAGAUUGCAACUAUGGCUGAGAAAAUAACAGCUGAGAAGUUUUUAAACAACCUAGUAGAAACCCUUGCUGACAGUGUUCCCAGGCAGAAAUCUGUAUCAUUCUUUGAGGAAGAGACAAGCUCGGUAACUUCUAAAUUCAAUCGGUUGUUUGGACGUCAGAAGCCAGUCCAUCAUCUUCUAGGAGGUGGAAAAUCUGCUGAUGUUCUCCUAUGGAGGAAUAAGAAAAUCUCAGCUAGUGUACUAUCUGGUGCAACAGCCAUCUGGGUGCUUUUUGAGUGGCUUAAUUACCAUCUUCUGACUCUCAUAUGCUUUGCACUGGUCCUUGGUAUGCUUGCCCAGUUUGUUUGGACAAACGCUUCUGGAUUAUUUAGCAGCAAUAGAUCCUCAUAUAAGGUCCCCCGCCUCGUAUUACCUGAUGAGAUAUUUUUCAGUUUUGGGAGAUCAAUUGGAAUUGAGGUUAACCAUGCUUUGAAGUUUCUUCAGGAUGUAUCAUGUGGAGGAAAUUUGAAACAAUUUCUUGUGAUUGUAGCUAGCUUGUGGGCAGCUGCUGUCAUUGGGAGCUGGUGCAAUUUUUUAACUGUUCUGUACAUUGGUUUUGUUGCUGCUCACACUUUGCCAGUCCUGUAUGAGAGGUAUGAAGAUCAAGUAGAUGACUUUGUGUACAAGAUACUUGAUCAGAUUCAAGGUCACUAUCGAAAGCUGGACGCGGGUCUCCUCAGUAAGAUCCCCAAGGGAAAGAUCAAGGGGAAGAAACAUGAAUAAUAGAUUAAUGUGGUUAGCUACUUAAGGUUUAAUGGAUAUGUAGUUAUUUCUUAGCUGCUGAAUAUGGAACAAAUGCUAUGGAUUUUUUCAUUGAUGUUAAAAGACUGAAUUUUGCAUUGAUUAGUAGAGAAGAAUUCCUCUUACCAAAUAAUGGAGAGCUCACUCGUGGUUAGAUACUAAUCAUCUCUGAUUGUCUGCGUUUCAUUUUUUGAGUUGCUCGACA